AUGGACAGUGACGUUGGAGUGAUGGACACCAGCCCUGACAGUCCUCUGAGCCCGAAGCACCUGACUGGGUUGGGGAUGAACUGUCUUCUUAGCCAAAAGUACAGGCACUUUGGGCCAGGCCUCGCCAGUCCUCAGGAGUACAACCAGUGGCUGCCUUACCGUCAUGACGCCAGCCUACUGCCCAUGAAAGAAGACCUGGCCUUCUGGCUCAACACCAUGAUGGGUAUGGACCUCACAGCAGACAGUCUGAUGGAGAGGUUGGAUAAUGGGGUUCUCCUCUGUCAGCUGGCACAGCUGCUCCAGGAGAAGAUGAUCCAUGCCAACAAUGGCAAGCCUUUUAUAAGAAGAGUGAUCCACUGGCGAGCUGAUGCAACUUCUGGAUCAUUUUUUGCCCGAGACAACACAGCCAACUUCCUUUACUGGUGUCGAAAGAUUGGCAUUGAUGAGGCUUACCUUUUUGAAUCUGAGGAUUUGGUCCUUCACAAGCAGCCUCGGGAGGUGUGCCUGUGCCUGAUGGAGCUGGGACGGAUUGCAGCUAGGUACGGAGUGGAGCCUCCGGGGCUGGUGAAGUUGGAGAGAGAGAUAGAGAGGGAGGAGGCAGGUUGCUUAUCUCCAACAUCCCCUCUGCCCCUCUCCUUUUUUCCUCCUACAUCAUUGUAUUCACCAUCACAGUCAUCCCUGCCCCCGGCCCCCUCUCCUCCUCCUCCACCUGCACCCCUCACUCCAGGCAUAACCUGUCUGUCUGAACCCCUCGCUGCCUCCCUCGCCUCUGAUCUUCCAUCAGCCACAACAAACCCAGCACCUACGUGUUUAUGCCCUCCUCAGUCCUCCAUCGCAGCCUCUAACCCUUGUACAACCACAGCCUCAACACAAAAACCUUUGUUCUCAUCGUCCUGCACCACUAACACACCUGCUUCACCUCCACUGUCAGCACCCUCACCAGUUCAAACCCCGGUAUCCACUGCCAAAGUCUCCUCUACAUCAGUAAACAACCACACUCCAACAGCUACACCUCCCAUCACCUCCUCGCCUGCAGCCCUGACCCCUCGAUCCUCUAGCAAAGCCACAAGCCGGAGGAGCACAGACACCAACAACAUUUUGGAUGAUAUUGUGAGAAACAUCAUUGAAAAUCCCCCCUGCAGUUGUACUACCAGGUUCCUUGUUGAGAAGCAACCUAAAGGCUGCUACCGUGUUGGGGAUAAAGUUCUGUAUAUACGAAUGCUGAACGAGCGCCAUGUGAUGGUGCGUGUAGGCGGAGGCUGGGAGACCUUUAUAAGUUACCUGCAGAAACAUGACCCCUGCAGAGGAGGACCGGCCGGCAGAUCUGAGGUCAGGGUCUGUAGGUACAAAGCGAAGCCACCCAGUUUGAACAUCUCGCCUGACAGCUACAUGGUGGUUGGCGCCCAUUACCGUGGCAAGAAGUAG